CAGAGUACAAUACUUCACCAUUUUGAAAAAAAUCGUCAGUGGAAAUUGUGAGAUUGACUCGUCUGUUUGGAAGUGAAUUCGUUCAAUAUCCAAAAUCAUCAUCCUAGCACCAAAAAUAAUCCUAGUAAUUUUCGAAUCAUUCAUUCAAUUUUCUGCAAGAUCGUUUUCCCUCAUAAAGUUGACUUGAAAAACCCAGCGAAGGGUUUUCCUUCCCUCCCGCACAUCAUCGGGAAUUCCUGGAUUAAUUUUUUCCUUGCCAGGAAAUACAAUUCGAGAAUUUUGUUAGAUCAUCAUACCAGACAAUGAGAAGAAGUAUAAACAGGUCGCGUUCGUCGCGUUGUUUUCCCGCCGAUGGAACUGAAGGCUCGAACGGUGCCGAUGACCGUGAUGAGUGAUGAUGAUCAGCAUUCAGACAAGAUUUCAUUCAAAGACAAGUGCAAACUGUGUUUUUGGCAAAAUUACAAGACGUGGAUCAUCGUGUUGACGCCGGUUUUACUCUCACCAUUGCUGUUUCAUCCGACGAGCGACAAG